GCCUCCUCCGAGUGUCGAGUACCACUGCCCGUGUCUCUCGCGGACUACCGUGCCGCCCCCACCCCAUUUAGCGUCUUCAUCUCACGACUUUCAUCCUCUGCACGCACUCUUCUUUUGCGAAGAAUGCGACGCAGUUCGCUGCAAUCGAUGCGUUUCGGUCGAAGUGAGCGGAUACUAUUGCCCAAACUGCUUGUUCGAGGUGCCGAGUGCCAGUGUGCGCGCAGAGAAGAACAGAUGCGCUCGGAAUUGCUUCAUGUGUCCCAACUGCCGAAACACGCUAUCCGUCGUGCCAUCUGAUCCUCCCGAGUCUACCGAUGGUCGAACGCCAGUCCCAAUCAGCACCGUUGGAGAGCCUCCUUUCUUUCUCUACUGUAAUCACUGUCGAUGGGACUCGGCUGAGGUUGGGAUCACCUUCGAGAAACCGACAGGCCUGGCCGCGCAGCUGCAGAAGUUCGAGGACUCUGCACCGGAGUCGCUGGAAUUCGAGAGGCUCAAGGAGCAUUUUGAACCAGUGAUACGUGCAUCAUCACUUUCUUCGUCUACAACAAACGCCCCUGCCUCUGGCAGCGGAGCCCACUCACAUCAUCGUACCAAUUCUAUCACAGCCGCUGCAUCUGCCGCUAUCGCCCGUGACGUCCCCGGCGUCGGCAAAUACAAUCCUUUGGCCCGUGGAAGCGGCAGGGUGGGCGGCGGUGGCGCGACCAAGGACAAGUCGGUGAAUCGGGACGAGAUGCCGGAUUAUCGCAGUCGGGUGGACAUCUCGACGGCUAGUGGCCUCGGGGCAGGGGGUGGUGAUCUCGACAUGGAAUACAUGCGGCGACUGGAAGAUGUGGCUGAAGUGGCAAGCCUGGAGCAGAGAUGGGGUGCGAGCUGGGCCACAUCGCUGCGGACUGAUGACUUACGACCGCUGAGGAUACCUCUUCACUCCAAGCGAUCUAAACGGUGUCCCGCCUGCGCCCACAUUCUCAUCAAACCAGAGCAGAAAGCUCAGUCUGUUCGUUACAAGAUCAAACUAGUCGCAUCCAACUACCUGCCCGCGAUCACUGCUCUGCUCCCGCAUCAGAGCGCCACUGCUGAGCCGGCAAGACGAGGAGCGAAUCGUUCGAUGGCAGUGGACGAAGAACAGAACACGAACGGAAUUCACGCAGGUAAAACAUACGCCUUCCAACUGGCUCUCACGAAUCCCUUGUACGAUCCCAUCACUGUCCGUCUUGGUGUGCAGCGACUGCAUGCGCAUGCUCAAUCCAAUCCACCGCCGUCCUCGGUUUCUCCCGAAAAGACGAGUCGGCGCCCUCCUUAUGCGAUCAAUCUCCCCUCGACGCCCUUCCCAAUUGCUGCGUUUGCAGAGGCUUGGGAGUACGAAGAUGACGAAGAGGACGAUAUGUUUGGGCUCGACGACGACGAUGACUUUGGGCUUGCAGGCCGGAUGUCAGGCCGGGAUCGGGAACGAGACCAGGACCGGAAUAAACCGAAGACUGUGGGCGUGCUGGAGAAGAAGGCGAACAUGACUGUGGUUGGAGGCGAAGUCAUGAUCGGCAAGGAGGCGCGAGGGAACGUCAAGGUGAGCUCGUCGACGAUUGUCUCUGUGACCGCACUGAUAGCGCAUCAGUUCAACAUGCUGGUCACCUACACGUACCGAUCUGACGACGUGACGCCGUCUGAGGCGGAGGGAAUGACGAAGGCGGCAGCGAACAAACCUCCGGAAACUAAAACGUUUGCGUUCUACACCGUCGUUGAUUUAGGUCUUAUUGUGCCGCGGGAGGAACCGCGCGAGGAGUUUUGAAUAGAACAUAUUACGAGUUGCAGCAAAAAUAGAGAAUGGUAAUAAACAACCGCAAAAGACCGUAAAUUUACUGAGAGAGGGUGGUAUUCAAGAAUCCAGCGCCGAGAGUGGAGACGAGGGCAUUGCGCAGCGAGUCGAUGCCCUCGGUGGUGAAGACCGAGGACAUGAGCGGAGCGACGAUGGAGCUCUCGCAGGCGUCAUCGGUGUGGGCCACAGCGACGUCGCGGCGGAAGUGGACGCCGGGCGAGACGGUGACACAGUUGUACUGGGACUGGGCAGCGCGGAGCUGGCAGAUGUCGUCCGACUUGCAGCUGCCGGUGCAGGGCGCGAGGGUGCCAGAGGUGUCUCGCGACUUGCGGGCGACGUACUGCUGGAAGACAGCGUCGUCGGACUCGAAGAGGGCGGUCACGUUGUGCCAGAACGCGGGGGUCAGCUCGCCAGAGGUGACGCCCAGCUGCUGUCCGUAUGUCUCCUUGACCGAGUACAGCUUGGCCCAGGUCGGCGACGUCUGGAACGUUGGCAACGACAUGUCCGCGUAGUAGACCGUCAUGUCGAGGAUGGCGAAGGUCACGGGGUCGACGUCGUACACUCGGAACGUCGGGUUGCCGGAUGUCGGGGUCAGCGCUGGGGCGAUGUAGGACAUCAUCGUGGCGGUGCUGGCCGAGGGCGCCGACCAGUCGCUGUACGCAAUCUGGAACUCAUCUUUGUGCGUGUGACCAUAGAAGACGCCGACGAUCGUGGCGGAGAAGCGCUGGAUGAUGGUGUCAAAGUAGUAUGACUGGUCGUGGAACGCAUCGCCGGCGCCGAGGGGCAUAUGACCGAGGAUCCAGACACGUUCGCCAGCAGUCUCCGCGGCCUGCAGUUCGCCGGCGAGCCACGUGAGAAGGCCUGCAGGGUCAUGCUCCAUCGUCUUCUCGUAAAGCCAGUAGUUCGCCUUGUACCAGAAAUUCGUGUUCACACUGAUGAUCCGCAGCCCCGAUGAAGUCAGCGUCGAGUAGCUGCCAAAGUUGUUCGAGACCUGUGAAGCGGCAGCACUGCCGAUCCACUGCUGGAUGUUGGCCGAAAGGUCGUCGUACGAGAUCUGCGUUUCGGGCGCGUAGUCCGUGCUCACUGCCGGCGGAGGGAACGAGUUGACCGGCGCCGAGUCGUGGUUACCGAUCACCGCAUACGUCUCGCCAAUGCUCGCCAUGCGGGAGUAAGCGUCCUUGAGAUUCGUCGUCACCUCGGUCGUCGAGGACAGCCACACGUCACCUUCGACAACAUCACCAGUGAAGAUGCUGAAUGCCAAGUUCGGCACGAGCUGUUUAAUCGCGGAGUACAUGCUCUCCUCCAGGGAGACCGGAGUGUCACAGGCCGAGUUUCCGAAUGGUCCAGCGGGAGUGUUCGUCACACCGGGGGCUUCAUCCGCUGUGUAGGCGCGGCAGCAGAUGUUCUUCGUGCAGUUGAAGCUGGCGCCGACCGUGUAGUCCAAGUCGACGUGGAUGUCGCUGAUGUGAACGACCUGGAUCGGCUUCUGGGUGCUCGGAGUGGGGCGGCGAGCGUUGGCCGGUUUCGGGGACAUCGACACGGAGAACGAUGUGUCGACCGCAGGCGCCUGGCACAGACCAAACACAGUCAUGCAGAACAGGUCCGCGGUCUUGCUUCCGACCGACAUCACACGCAGGUCGUGCGCAAGAAUGGGUCCCUCGAGCCCGAUCGCGCCAGUGCAGACAUCGGGAUCCUGCACGCCGAGGCUCUUGCAGACGCUCGUGAUCACGUUCGUGAAGUUCGGGUUACCGGUGUGAGCCAGAGCCUGGAGGACAAGGAGCAGUGCCUGACACGAUGAACAGGUCGCGGCGUUCUCGAUAGCGGAAAGGAUAGACGACGCGGUAUCGCGCUUCGCAUAGGCGGCAAGCGAUUGCGCCAGAACAUCGGAGACCGUCAGCGCAUUGGUGACUGCGAAGAAGAAGGGCAGCAGGGCUCCGAGAACGCGAAACAGUCUCAUGAUGAGAGGACGCGAGGGAUUCAGAGAACAGUACCCCCCUUAAAUAAGUCUAAUCUAUAUUUGACAAACAACGAUGUCGAAGAUCGUCGGACAAGCAACCAACGUGGAUCUGCGUCAUGUGUAGUUUUUGAGAUUCUGCAUGGUUCUGCCUUCCAUGGCAGCCCGAAUCAGAAGCUAAUAGCCAAGAUCGGCCACAGCACGUUCGAAGCAUUGCCUCCGAGCGCAACGAUAAUAAAGAAGCGGCCGCAUCACCAAUACGCGUAGCGUUUGAGCCUUGCUGGGGUAACCGUUUACGAAUAUCUAGUCGGCCCAGGCAUUUUGGAUGGGGCCGAGUGUUUUCGCGUUUCAGAGAAGAUGCAUAGACCGCUUGGAAGCACGGAACGUUUCCUGAUGCGUCAUGCGACUAGACAAGCACACUUACCUUGCGAUGGAACCUUGUGCACUCUCAGCCAUGGCUUCUGCCCUGUGUAUAUCGAACCAUUGAAUAAGAACGAGAGUCUGGGAGUGCAUGAUGAACGUUGCAUGAGAAGUGCCUGACAGUGCCUAUUUCUGUUUCCGCGACUAGUGCCGGUUUUGAUGCCGCUUGAUGUCGGAUAUCGCCGAGCGGAAGGGGACAAAUCAAUUGCUGUAACUGAGUCCUGGUUCAAGAGACAGAAAAUGUUUUGAGCACAGCAACG